UUGGAUUCCAGUAAAACUCUCUGCGUCACCUUUCUCUGCCCGCUAUCGAAUUGACAAAUAUUUUUUUUUCCAGAAAUUGACAAAUAUAUCAUCACAUCCAAAUUUUCAGUCAACUAGCACCUAAUUUUUUUUUUCUAUAAAGUUCCAUUUUCUGCCUCACAUUGCUUUCCAAAUCCCAAGUCCCAACUCAACUUCUCUCUCUCUCUUCCACAAAGCAGCAGAGCUCAUUGCCAACCUCUCUCUCUGCUCAUUGCCUAUUGGAGUAUCGGGUCUCCAUUGCUUCUCUGAAAUGGCUAGAACUCCCAUCUUCUUGAUGGGGCUUCUUCUCUCAUGUUUCUUCAUAGCUGUAGCAGAAGCAGAACAUAUUAGAUAUAAAGACCCCAAACAGCCGCUGAAUACUCGAAUCAAGGAUCUAUUGAGCCGGAUGACGUUGGAGGAAAAGAUUGGCCAAAUGGUGCAGAUAGACCGCAGUGUUGCUUCGUCUGAGGUGAUGAAGAAAUACUUCAUUGGGAGUAUAUUAAGCGGGGGUGGGAGCGUUCCAGCACAAAGGGCUUCUCCAGAAGCAUGGAUUAACAUGGUGAAUGAUUUUCAAAAAGGUUCUUUAUCAACCCGGCUUGGAAUUCCAAUGAUUUAUGGUAUCGAUGCAGUUCAUGGCCACAACAACGUCUACAAAGCAACAAUCUUUCCGCACAAUAUUGGCCUUGGAGCUACCAGGGACCCCGUACUUGUUAAGAGGAUCGGAGCUGCAACUGCACUUGAAGCUAGAGCUACAGGCAUUCCAUAUGUCUUCGCACCUUGUAUAGCGGUUUGCAGAGAUCCAAGAUGGGGUCGAUGUUAUGAAAGCUACAGUGAAGAUCACAAAAUUGUUCAAGCAAUGACUGAGAUCAUACCUGGAUUACAAGGGGAGUUACCAGCCAACUCUAGAAAGGGCAUUCCCUUUGUGGGCGGAAAUAAAAAGGUUGCAGCGUGUGCAAAGCAUUACGUCGGUGAUGGAGGAACAACUAGGGGCAUCAACGAGAAUAACACUGUGAUAAACAGACACGGCUUGCUCAGUAUCCACAUGCCAGGCUACUAUGACUCAAUUAUCAAAGGGGUUGCAACUAUUAUGGUAUCUUACUCGAGCUGGAAUGGAGUAAAGAUGCAUGCUAAUCAUGAUCUUGUUACUGGCUUCCUUAAGAACACUCUUCAUUUCAGGGGUUUUGUCAUCUCAGAUUGGGAGGGUAUUGACAGGAUCACGUCUCCACCUCAUGCCAACUACUCAUAUUCAAUUCAAGCAGGCGUCAAUGCCGGAAUUGACAUGGUCAUGAUUCCAUACAACUAUACGGAAUUUAUUGACGGUCUAACCUCCCUGGUGAAAAAUGGAAUCAUUCCCAUGAGCAGAAUUGAUGAUGCUGUAAAAAGAAUUUUGCGGGUUAAGUUCGUCAUGGGCUUAUUUGAGGAACCGUUGGCUGAUCGCAGCCUGGUCGACCAACUUGGGAGUAAGGAACACAGAGAAUUAGCUAGGGAAGCUGUGAGGAGAUCUCUAGUGCUUCUAAAGAACGGCAAAUCUGCUGAUGAGCUGUUGCUUCCCCUUCCGAAGAAGGCAUCAAAAAUACUUGUAGCUGGUAGUCAUGCAGAUAACCUUGGUUAUCAGUGUGGUGGGUGGACCAUUGAGUGGCAGGGCUUAAGUGGCAACAAUCUCACCGAAGGUACCACAAUUCUUAGUGCCAUUAAGAACACAGUGGAUCCUAAAACCAAAGUAGUGUACAAGGAGAAUCCUGAUGCUGACUUUGUGAAGUCGAAUGAUUUCUCAUAUGCCAUCGUUGUGGUAGGGGAACACCCGUACGCAGAGACGUUUGGUGACAGCCUAAACUUGACAAUACCGGAUCCUGGCCCGAGUGCCAUCACAAAUGUUUGCGGUUCUGUGAAAUGUGUUGUUAUCGUCAUCUCUGGCCGUCCUGUUGUGAUCCAACCAUAUGUUCCCUUGAUGGAUGCUCUUGUUGCAGCUUGGCUUCCAGGAACGGAAGGGCAGGGCGUAGCUGAUGUUUUAUUUGGUGACUAUGGCUUCACGGGCAAGCUUUCUCGAACCUGGUUCAAAACCGUUGAUCAGCUGCCGAUGAAUGUAGGAGACGCACAUUAUGACCCUCUCUUCCCCUUUGGAUAUGGCCUCACUACAACAACGGCCAAUUCCAACUAGGAAACUAUUUAGCGACUCCUCGUCAGUAAUUUGCUCAUGUCAGCUACUCUUCAAUAGUUAAUAGAAAUCAUUUAACUAAUCUUCGAUAAGUAUGUCAGCUACACUUUUUAUCAAAACGUGGAGAGAUUAUUUAGUGU